AUGGACAAUUUAAGUACCCACGCCCUUCAGUACCCUAACCCCUCAGUACCCACGCCCUUCAGUAAUCUCACCCCUCAGUACCCACGCCCUUCAGUACUCACGCCCUUCAGUACCCUCACCCCUCAGUACCCACGCCCUUCAGUACUCACGCCCUUCAGUACCCUCACCCCUCAGUACCCACGCCCUUCAGUACCCUCACCCCUCAGUACCCACGCCCUUCAGUACCCUCACCCCUCAGUACCCACGCCCUUCAGUACCCUCACCCCUCAGUACCCACGCCCUUCAGUACCCUCACCCCUCAGUACCCUCACCCCUCAGUACCCACGCCCUUCAGUAAUCUCACCCCUCAGUACCCACGCCCUUCAGUACCCUCACCCCUCAGUACCCACACCCCUCAGUACCCACGCCCUUCAGUACCCUCACCCCUCAGUACCCACGCCCUUCAGUAAUCUCACCCCUCAUACCCUCACCCCUCAGUACCCACGCCCUUCAGUAAUCUCACCCCUCAGUACCCACGCCCUUCAGUACUCACGCCCUUCAGUACCCUCACCCCUCAGUACCCACGCCCUUCAGUACUCACGCCCUUCAGUACCCUCACCCCUCAGUACCCACGCCCUUCAGUACCCUCACCCCUCAGUACCCACGCCCUUCAGUACCCUCACCCCUCAGUACCCACGCCCUUCAGUACCCUCACCCCUCAGUACCCUCACCCCUCAGUACCCACGCCCUUCAGUACCCUCACCCCUCAGUACCCUCACCCCUCAGUACCCACGCCCUUCAGUAAUCUCACCCCUCAGUACCCACGCCCUUCAGUACCCUCACCCCUCAGUAAUCUCACCCCUCAGUACCCACGCCCUUCAGUACCCUCACCCCUCAGUACCCACACCCCUCAGUACCCACGCCCUUCAGUACCCUCACCCCUCAGUACCCUCACCCCUCAGUACCCACGCCCUUCAGUACCCUCACCCCUCAGUACCCACGCCCUUCAGUACCCUCACCCCUCAGUACCCUCACCCCUCAGUACCCACGCCCUUCAGUAAUCUCACCCCUCAGUACCCACGCCCUUCAGUACCCUCACCCCUCAGUACCCACGCCCUUCAGUACCCUCACCCCUCAGUACCCACGCCCUUCAGUAAUCUCACCCCUCAGUACCCACGCCCUUCAGUACCCUCACCCCUCAGUACCCUCACCCCUCAGUACCCACGCCCUUCAGUAAUCUCACCCCUCAGUACCCACGCCCUUCAGUACCCUCACCCCUCAGUACCCACGCCCUUCAGUACCCUCACCCCUCAGUACCCACGCCCUUCAGUAAUCUCACCCCUCAGUACCCACGCCCUUCAGUACUCACGCCCUUCAGUACCCUCACCCCUCAGUACCCACGCCCUUCAGUACUCACGCCCUUCAGUACCCUCACCCCUCAGUACCCACGCCCUUCAGUACCCUCACCCCUCAGUACCCACGCCCUUCAGUACCCUCACCCCUCAGUACCCUCACCCCUCAGUACCCUCACCCCUCAGUACCCACGCCCUUCAUACUCACGCCCUUCAGUACCCUCACCCCUCAGUACCCACGCCCUUCAGUACCCUCACCCCUCAGUACCCUCACCCCUCAGUACCCUCACCCUUCAGUACCCUCACCCUUCAGUACCCACGCCCUUCAGUACCCUCACCCCUCAGUACCCUCACCCUUCAGUACCCUCACCCUUCAGUACCCACGCCCUUCAGUACCCUCACCCCUCAGUACCCUCACCCCUCAGUACCCACGCCCUUCAGUACCCUCACCCUUCAGUACCCUCACCCUUCAGUACCCUCACCCUUCAGUACCCACGCCCUUCAGUACCCUCACCCCUCAGUACCCUCACCCCUCAGUACCCACGCCCUUCAGUACCCUCACCCCUCAGUACCCUCACCCUUCAGUACCCUCACCCUUCAGUACCCACGCCCUUCAGUACCCUCACCCCUCAGUACCCUCACCCCUCAGUACCCACGCCCUUCAGUACCCUCACCCUUCAGUACCCUCACCCUUCAGUACCCCACGCCCUUCAGUACCCUCACCCCUCAGUACCCUCACCCUUCAGUACCCUCACCCUUCAGUACCCACGCCCUUCAGUACCCUCACCCCUCAGUACCCUCACCCCUCAGUACCCACGCCCUUCAGUACCCUCACCCCUCAGUACCCUCACCCCUCAGUACCCUCACCCUUCAGUACCCUCACCCCUCAGUACCCACGCCCUUCAGUACCCUCACCCCUCAGUACCCUCACCCCUCAGUACCCACGCCCUUCAGUAAUCUCACCCCUCGGUACCCUCACCCCUCAGUACCCUCACCCUUCAGUACCCACGCCCUUCAGUACCAUCACCCCUCACAUCCCCCCAGUACCCUCCCCCUCAAUACCGUCACCCCUAAGUACCCUCCCCCACGCCUUUCAGUACCCUCCCCCCUCAGUACCCUCACCCCUCAGUACCCACGCCCUUCAGUACCCACGCCCUUCAGUUACCUCACCCCUCAGUGCCCACGCCCUUCAGUAAUCUCACCCCUCAGUACCCUCACCCCUCAGUGCCCACGCCCUUCAGUACCAUCACCCCUCAGUACCCACGCCCUUCAGUACCCUCACCCCUCAGUACCCAUGCCCUUCAGUACCCUCACCCCUCAGUACCCACGCCCUUCAGUACCCUCGCCUUUCAGUAACCUCACCCCUAAGUACCCUCACCCCUCAGUACCCUCACCCCUCAGUACCCACGCCCUUCAGUACCAUCACCCCUCAGUACCCACGCCCUUCAGUACCCUCACCCCUCAGUACCCACGCCCUUCAGUACCCUCGCCCUUCAGUACCCACGCCCUUCAGUACCCUCACCCCUCAGUACCCACGCCCUUCAGUACCCUCACCCCUCAGUACCCACGCCCUUCAGUACCCUCGCCCUUUAGUACCCACGCCCUUCAGUACCCUCGCCCUUCAGUACCCACGCCCUUCAGUACCCUCACCCCUCAGUACCCUCGCCCUUCAGUAACCUCACCCCUAAGUACCCUCACCCCUCAGUACCCUCACCCCUCAGUACCCUCACCCCUCAGUACCCACGCCCUUCAGUACCCUCGCCCUUCAGUACCCACGCCCCUCAGUAACCUCACCCCUCAGUACCCUCACCCCUCAGUACCCUCACCCCUCAGUACCCACGCCCUUCAGUACCAUCACCCCUCAGUACCCACGCCCUUCAGUACCCUAACCCCUCAGUACCCUCACCCCUCAGUACCCUCGCCCCUCAGUACCCUCACCCCUCAUACCCUCACCCCUCAGUACCCUCACCCCUCAGUAACCUCACCCCUCAGUACCCUCACCCCUCAGUACCCUCACCCCUCAGUACCCUCACCCCUCAGUACCCACGCCCUUCAGUACCCUCACCCCUCAGUACCCUCACCCCUCAGUACCCUCACCCCUCAGUACCCACGCCCUUCAGUACCCUCACCCCUCAGUACCCACGCCCUUCAGUACCCUCACCCUUCAGUACCCUCACCCCUCAGUACCCUCACCCCUCAGUACCCACGCCCUUCAGUACCCUCACCCCUCAGUACCCUCGCCCCUCAGUACCCUCACCCCUCAGUAACCUCACCCCUAAGUACCCUCACCCCUCAGUACCCUCACCCCUCAGUACCCUCACCCCUCAGUACCCACGCCCUUCAGUACCCUCGCCCUUCAGUACCCACGCCCCUCAGUAACCUCACCCCUCAGUACCCUCACCCCUCAGUACCCUCACCCCUCAGUACCCACGCCCUUCAGUACCAUCACCCCUCAGUACCCACGCCCUUCAGUACCCUAACCCCUCAGUACCCUCACCCCUCAGUACCCUCGCCCCUCAGUACCCUCACCCCUCAGUACCCUCACCCCUCAGUACCCUCACCCCUCAGUACCCUCACCCCCAGUACCCACGCCCUUCAGUACCCUCACCCCUCAGUACCCACGCCCUUCAGUACCCUCACCCCUCAGUACCCACGCCCUUCAGUACCCACGCCCUUCAGUACCCUCACCCCUCAGUACCCACGCCCUUCAGUACCCUCGCCCUUCAGUAACCUCACCCCUAAGUACCCUCACCCCUAA